UACCGUCUGUCAAACUUGUAAAGAAGGAUUCGUCAACAAAGACGAAGACAAAUACUUUGAUUGUAGAUAUUUAGAUUGUCCUGAAAAUUGUUAUUGUAAUGUCUCGACAUGUGUUAUGUGCAAAAAUGGAUUUUUUGACACAGGAGAAUCAUGCAUAAAUAAAUGCCCGGAUAAUUGCUAUAAUUGUUCAACUUAUACAGAUUGUUAUUCCUGUAAAGAUGGAUUUUAUAGUAGUGGUGACCAGAAAGUAUGUUCAAAUACAUGCAACAAGGAUUGUAUAAGCUGCUCCUCGUACGAAAAAUGUUUGAACUGUUAUUCUGGCAAGUUUGGUCAUCAGUGUCAGAAUAAUUGUUCUGUUGGUUGUAUAGGCAAUGUUUGUUCCAUUGAAACUGGAAAAUGUUAUUAUUGUUUACCUAACUUUGAUGGUGAAACUUGUUCUGACUGUGUACGUGGUUAUUAUGGAUCCUUUUGCGACAUUAAAUGUCCCGAUGAUUGUCAAAACAACAUAUGUGGAAGAACUCAAGGAAACUGUACAGAAGGAUGCAGAUCAGCAACUACGUCUGGCAGUUAUUGUGAAAAUUGUAUUGUUGGAAAAUAUGACCUAUAUUGUGAGAAAAAUUGCACGAAAACUUGUUUAAAUAAAAAGUGUGACAAAGAGAAUGGUACAUGUUCUGAGGGAUGUAAAGAUGGUUUCAAAGGACCUUUCUGUUUUGAGUGCAUUCAAGGUAAAUAUGGAGAGGAAUGCAAAAGUGAUUGUCCAGAUACUUGUAAAGACAACAAAUGUAAGAAACAAUCUGGGCACUGCUAUGAAUGUGUUGAAAAUUUUGAGGGAAUGAUGUGUGAUAUUUGUAAACAUGGCUUUUAUGGCUCAAAUUGUAAACUGAACUGUUCCUCAAAUUGUAUGAAUGUUUCCUGCAACAAAGAUUCUGGGAAGUGUAACCAGGGAUGUAAGAAUGGAUACUCUGGAGAUAUGUGUUGUAUAAACAGUCAUAACUGUUUAUUUUGCAAAAAUAACACAGCUUGUCGUGAAUGUGUAUCUGGGUACUUUGGUCAAACCUGUAGUAAGACAUGCAGCGAUCUUUGUAUAAACAAUGUUUGUAAAAGUAUUACUGGUUUAUGCACAGAAGGAUGUAUAGCUGUUUUAGAUAAUCCAAUUUGUGCUGAAAGUAAAGAAAAAGCUAACGUUGAUGACCAAAAUGGUUCAAAGGACACUUUAAUUGCAGUGUUUGCAACUCUUUUUGCUAUUACAACCGUUGCAUUAUGUGUGUCGAUAUCGAAGAUGGUUCUAGAGAAACGCUUCACAGCAAAAAGGAGAAACGAGAAAACUAUGGAACCAAGCGCUAUAACCGAAAUGCAAAAUAUCUCAAAUAGUCAUGGCAUUGUAGAAAACGAAAACGUAACAUACGAGGCACUGGAUGGAACGCAACGUUCUGAUGAUCACAUGUACGACUCAGCAAGCAUCCAUGGAUCGGGAGAUAGAGAUACUGCUGGAUGCGGAAAAUAUGUGGACAUUCAACUUAAGGUCAUAGUAGUUAUAGCCUGUCUUGGCAAUCACGGAUAUUUUGUCUUUGGCAAACAGAACGAGAGUUGUGUUACACAUGACACAAGCUGUAGUGUAUGCUGUGCUAGUUCAAAAUGCUUUCGAGAUAGAUAUUUUCCAAAUGUUUGUUCAGAUGGAUGUAUAGAUGGUCAUAGAGGUGCUCGAUGCUAUCAGCUUUGUGAUUUUACUUGCAAAUCUUGUGAUAAAAGUAUAACCUACUGCGAUUCAUGUCAUGAUGGAUAUUUCCUGGGACAGAAUAACGAUUGUAAGUCUGAGUGUCCUUCCAACUGUAAAACAUGUACUUCUGAUACCGAGUGCAACACUUGUAAAGAUGGAUUUUUCCUUGGACGGAAUAAAGAUUGUACGUCUGAGUGUCCUUCCAACUGUAAAACAUGUACUUCUGAUACCGAGUGCAACACUUGUAAAGAUGGAUUUUUCCUUGGACGGAAUAAAGAUUGUACGUCUGAGUGUCCUUCCAACUGUAAAACAUGUACUUCUGAUACCGAGUGCAAAACUUGUAAAGAUGGAUUUUUCCUUGGACGGUCUAAAGAUUGUAAGUCUGAGUGUCCUUCUAACUGUAAAAAUUGCACUUCUGAUACCAUUUGCAAUACAUGUAAAGAAGGAUUCAUCAACAAAGAUGCAUCUACCGAUUGUAGAUAUUUGAUUUGCCCUGAAAAUUGUAUUUGCAGUAACACUGAAUGCAUUAAGUGCAAACCAGGGUUUUAUGGCACAACUGAUUCAUGCAUUAAUGAAUGUCCAAAUAAUUGUUUGAACUGUUCAAAAGAUACAGACUGUAAUUUUUGUAAAGAUGGAUUUUACAACGAUGAUAGUCAUAAGGUAUGUGUAAAAGAAUGUAUAAAUGGUUGUAUAAGCUGCACUUCGUACGAGAAAUGUUUGAAAUGUCAAAUCGGAAAGUUUGGUAAUCAAUGUCAGAAUGACUGUUCAACUGGUUGCACAAAAAAUGUUUGUUCUAUUGAAACUGGAAAAUGUCAUUGCUCAGCUAAAUUUGAUGGUGAAACUUGUUCAAAUUGUAAACAUGGACAAUAUGGAACCUUGUGUGAAAAGAAAUGCCCCGUUAAUUGUAAAAACAAUGCAUGUGGAAGAAUUCUCGGAAACUGUACAGAAGGAUGUAAAUCAGCAACAAUGUCUGGAAAUUACUGCGAAAAUUGUAUUGCUGGAAAAUAUAAUUCCAUUUGUGAGAAAAACUGUCCUCAAAAUUGUUUAAAUAAUAUAUGUUACAAAAAGAAUGGUACGUGUUCCAUGGGUUGUAAGGAUGGUUUCUACGGACCGUUUUGUUUGGAAUGUGUUCAGGGUAAAUAUGGAGAUGAAUGCAUAGGUGAUUGUUCAGAUACUUGUAAGGACAACAGAUGUGAGAAACAGUCUGGGCACUGCUUUGAAUGUAUAGAACAUUUUGACGGAAUGAUGUGUGAUUUCUGUAAACCUGGCUUUUAUGGCUCGGAUUGUGAAAAGAUUUGUUCUCCAAAUUGUAUGAAUGUUUCCUGUAAUAACAUUUCUGGUGAGUGUCAUCUGGGAUGUAAAGGAUAUUACUCUGGAGAUAAGUGUUGUUUAAACAACAAGAAUUGUUUAUACUGUGCAAAUACCACAUAUUGUCGUGAAUGUAAAUCUGGGUACUUUGGUCAAACCUGUAAUCAGACAUGCAGCGAUCUUUGUAUAAAUAAUGUUUGUGAGAUAAAUACUGGUAUUUGUACAGAAGGAUGUCAAGCGUCUUCACAAGAUGAUAUAUUUUGUGUUCGAAGUCAAGGUCACGCUUUGCACUUUCCUUUAUCCGAAAAUAGGCAAACUGAAAAACCGGCUAAUCAAGAAAGAUACAACCCUGGAUCAAAGAAAGAAGAUCACGUUUAUGAGAAUUUCAAAGAAACACAACUGAUUAACAAUAUCCAGGAGGAAGAAGAUGCAAAUAACUCCGGAAUUGUUUCUGUUGAUAUUGAUCACAUUCAUACAGAUAUAAAAUCUGGAAACGUAACAAAGCCUAAUAACGCCUAUCAUCCCGAUGUAUUAGUAGACGUAUCUUACCAUGAUGAAUCAGACGGUCCAUGUGAUUUAGAUAGCCAUAGAGUGAAAGUAAAAGAUCUAUUUUCGUAUGUCACCAAGAGACACCCAGAUUCUUUUGCAAUUGAAUUCAUGAAUCUCGCUGAAGAUCUAGAUAUAACAAAACAUUGCACCGAUGCCAUGAAACCAGAAAAUAUUUUCUGUAACAGGUACAACAGCUUGUAUCCAUAUGAUCAUUCAAGGGUAAAGAUAGCUGCACUGCCAAGGUUUUUCAUAAAUGCAUGCUAUAUUGACGGAUACAAAAACAAAAAGAAGGCCUAUAUUGCUUCUCUAGGUCCGACGUCAAAAACCACGGAUAAAUUCUCCAAUUUCUGGCUGAUGGUUUGGCACGAGAGGUCUGAGAUCAUUGUAAUGUUGACUAAUCUCAGAGAGGUCUCGGGUAUGAAAUGUGAGAAGUAUUGGCCAAACUCGGAUGAAGAGCAACUGUAUGGACAGAUUACAGUAAAAUGUCGGAGUGUUGAAGAGUUUGCAGAAUACACUGUUAGAACAUUCACCAUUUCGAAGAAAAAAGAAGAGAGAAAUGUGGUACAUCUACACUAUACAGCCUGGCCGGAUAAAGGUGUUCCCCAGGAGGUGACAAGUCUUGUAGAGUUCAGACAGAGGGUGAAGUCAGUUCCUGUUACAUUAGGAGGUCCGGUUAUAGCCCACUGCAGUGCUGGUGUGGGGAGGACCGGCACAUACAUUGCUUUAGACAUACUAACGGAGGAAGGCAAGGAUUUAGGCUCCGUUGAUGUGUUUAAUUGCGUCAACAAAAUGCGAGGACAAAGGGUGAACAUGGUACAAACAGGUGAGCAGUACAUGUUUCUCCACAAAGCUCUUGUACAUUCACUUACAUUUGAUUGUGAAACUCUUACUGCAGAGGCAAUUCAGGCAAUAGUGUAUGAAGCAGAUGAACAAAAGUUCACAGAUAUGUACCAGAUUCUACAGCGAGAGGUAGACACAGAAUGUCAGGAUGAUUUAGAUGAUCGUGAAGAAAAUAGAAAACGCCAUAACAACAAAAAUAGAAGACAUUCUGAGAUUCCUGCCAAUCGCAGUAGAGUUAGACUGUUUGUUGCAAGGUCGCACCACUCAAGCCAUGACUACAUAAAUGCCGUGUUUAUAAGCAGUUUCAAGACCAAAAACUUUUUUAUUGCUGCACAAUCUCCACUAGCAGGAACUAUUGAAGAUUUUGUCUGUAUGAUAUAUCAACAGAACUGCGCAUGUGUAAUUGCACUGGAUCAGCCGUUUAAACAGGGCGAUAAUGAUGGCCAAUAUAUCCCAGCUGACAACAAGACAUUCAUGGGUGGAAACUUUACUGUAACAAGCUCGAAAUGUGAAAAUAAACAGCAGUUUGUUGUCAAAAAACUGACCAUUACACAUACAAAUCAGAGUGAAGUGAAAACAGUUUAUCAUUUCCAAUAUAAGAAAUGGGCGGAAUCUAACACUGUUCCUGACACUGUUGAAGACUUUGUUCAUUUUAUCAAAGAUGUUGAAAAACGUGUAAAUCAUCAUACAGAUAACAAUACACAUGUAGUUGUUCACUGCUUGACUGGGUAUGAGAGAUCUGGGUUAUUUUGUACCUUGUAUUCACUCCUUGAGAAGUUAGAGGCUGAGCGACAAGUCAGUGUAGUUAAUAUGAUAAGAAAAAUCAGGACACACCGCCGACAAGCUAUAACAGGGGUGGAGCAACUGAAGUUCUGUUUCCGGUGUGUAUCUGCCUAUUUAGAGAUAUAUAAUACAUACUCAAACUUCGCUACAUGAUUGUUUCUGAUGAAUAUCUGCCCAUUUAGAGAUAUAUAACAUGUAAUCAAACUACGCUACAUGAUUGUUUCUGGAGAAUAUUUGCCUUUUUAGAGAUAUAUAACACAUACUCAAACUUCGCUACAUGAUUGUUUCUGAUGUAUAUCUGCCCAUUUAGAGAUAUAUAACAUGUACUCAAGCUACGCUACAUGAUUGUUUCUGAUGUAUAUCUGCCCAGUAAGAGAUAUAUAACAUUGACUCAAACAAUGCUACAUGACUGAUUCUGGUUUAUAUGCUUACAGAGAUAUAUUAAUCAUACCAUACUGCGCUACAUGACUGUUUCCAGUGUAAAUAUGUAUAUAAAAAUACAAACACACGCCGCAUGGUAGUUGUCGGUAUAUACCAUGUGUAUGUAUAUAAUAGAAAUGUAUGUAAAAUCGAUACUUAUAGAGUACACUAUAUGACUGUCUCUUGCAUAUAUUUGCUUACAAAUAGAGUUGUAUUUCACAAACUCAAACUAUGCAACAAACAAAGUCUAAGAACGUGUGAAAUAGACUUAAUUUGUAAUGCAUGCAAUAUCAUUUUGAAUUGCAAAGAUAAAAAUGAUCCAACGGAAUGAAAAUAUAUAUUAUUGUAAACGGAACUACUUUACUAACACAACCGCCUCCUUGGUCGAGGGGUUAGACUCGAUGACUUCUAAUCCAGUUACCUCUCUGGCGUGGGUUCGAUCCCCGGGAGAUACUUUGGUAGUUUAGCGCGGAAGAAGGUAGUCUAGUACUGGUGUAACUCUCCAGGAACGAUAGUUAGGAAACUACCCGCCAUUAUAUGACUUAAAUACUGUUGGAAAAGGCGUAAAAUGAAACAAACAAACAAACAAAACUUUAGUAACAAUACCAUAUUAUAGUUAAAUAACAUAUAGUUUAGUGUUAAAAUUACUAUUUAAAGAGUCAUUGUUGAAAUACAUUCAUGGCUAUUAUGGAUUAUAUUACAAAGGAUAACUCACAUAACGGAUAGGUAACAAAACGGAUUACUCACUGUAUAUAUUUUAGCUUGAUGUGUCAAGAUAAACAUCAUCAAGAUACUUUUAUAAUAAUCUUAUUGUAAUUCAUUUUGAUUAUGUAUAUUUAUUGGCUGUAGUUUAUCAUCAAGUUAUAUUCCUUCUAAC